GGUUGGUGUUGCCUCGUGGCGCUCGUGGCGUGUCGUGAGCUGUGAGCGGCGUCGAGACGGUUGAGCGCCGGCGUCUCAAUGAACGCGGCGCAAAAUGAAACGCGGCGCAGUACCGGCGCGUGCCGGGGCCGUACUAGAGGCACGUGAGCGGCCGCGGUGUCCCCGUAGCGCGAGUUAUGCGCAGGUCGUUAAUUAAUCUGGAAGAGUUUGUUGGGCCCACAGAUUCGUCGCGCGUGAGAAACAGAGCUCCCGUCACUGUAACGCUUCGUCCGUGUGACCGCGAGAAGACCCCGUACCGCGAGAUACCGGUCAGUCUGAUGGCAACGAGCUUGCGUUUGCUAAGUGCUAAGACACACUAGGAAGCACCAAGGCUGCAUGUGUUUCAGCAGCUGGCGCUGCUGUACGCCCUCUCAGACGACCUUGGCACGCAGGGCGGUACGCUAAUUGGCUAUACUGCCAGCCGCGGUGGCCUCGCUGAACGAAGGAGCGCCCCGUUGCCCCCGGAGAGCCGCUCUCAGCAGCUCUCAGGAACGUCGCCGCAGCGGCGCCCGCGCGUAUCGCGCGGCACCGAGCUGAGCCUUUGCCGGAAAGCAUCGCAGCUGCGGCGCCCGCGGAGAGGCUGGGAGAGCCGCUUCGCCCCGCAGCCUCUGCGGAAACGCCGCCGCGGAGAUGGACCGAGAAGACUCCAAGCUCAGCUCGAGCUCCGCCGAAGAGGCCAUCAGCUCGGACGAGGACGACCAAAAAACCACAGGAGACCGCGCCCCGGACGCCGCCGGCUUGAUACUCGCAACAGCAAGAGCCGCCGGCGCGCCCAUCACGCCCAAAGAUUUGGCCCAGCGCGCCAAGCACGCCGCGGAGCUCUUCGGGUUCGUCGAGGACUGGAGCGACCUCACGAAGACCCUCGCGGCCUGCGGCGCUCUGGCCCCGUUCACGCGACCUCCACCACAAACACAACCGCUGCCGCCGGCGAAGCAAGCUAGACUCGAGGAGGACGGCGCGAGAUUGUACCACGCUUCCAGGGUUGCCCCCUUCCACGCGCGGGCCUUCGAUUUAGCAAGAGACGGCCGCUUCGAGGAGCUGGAGGCGGCCUGCGGGUCUGCCGCGGCGACGACGCUCAAGGCGUGGUGCUUUCACAUGAGCCCCAAGUGGGCGACGCUGCGGAGAAAACGGUUGCGACGGUUGGACGCGCGAGGUCUGCGGACGGCGCGCGUGGCGCUCUUAGCGUGCCAGCCCGGUCUGGAACUCGACGAGGACCUGAGCGAGACGGAGCCGUCCUCUCCUCUUUCAAGAGCAGCGGCGCAGCUCGGCCUGGGACCGUGGGCCGCCCCCCCUCAAGCCUCCGCGGCCGAGGAGUGGCGCGAGGAAACUCGGAGAAGACGCGCCGGCGGCCUAUCUUCUGAUGGCGCGGCCUGCGACGGCGACGCUCGUGCCCGCGUUGCCCCGGCGCCGCCUUCGUUACUAAAGGCUUCGGGCUCCGCGCCGCGCCUCGCCGCGGCCGCGCGCGCCGUCGCGGCGUUGGCGCGAGCUAGGGCCAAGCUCGCGGCGGCGCGCGACCGCGACGCAAUGGCACGCACUGCGUUCAUCGACGCCGGCGCCGAGGACGCGAUCUCGCGGCCGCCCGGGUCGACGUAUCAGCGCCCUCCUCCACAAAAGAAGCGCCCCUCGUCGUCGUCCUCAAAGAAGAAGAAGAAGAAAGGUAGACUGGACCCGCCGCCGCCCCCUCCCACGGAAGACGACUUGGCCCUUCGUGCGAGAUUAGUGGAAGCCGCCGCCAAGCCGACGCCGCCGUCGGCCGAAUUGGCGGCAGCAGCACCGGCGCCCGCGGCCUCCGCCGGCGCGCCGGCGCCGCCCCCGGUGCAGCUCGAGAAAUUGGGCCCGGCGCCACGUUUACGGGAGGGCGACGACGCGUCGGCUCUGGCGACGCGGGCCUCGGCCGGCGACGCGCCCCUCUACCGACCCAGUCGACGACCGCCAGCGCCGGCCGACGCACGUAGGUUGCUCCACGACCUCGCGCCGGCGACGUUCGACGCCGGGCGCCGCGGCGCCAUGGCGCCGCCGCCCGGCGGCGCCGACGCCGACGCGGCGGCCUGGCGCCGCGUCUCGGCGCUCGUCGAGGGCGCGGCGGCCGUGGCGGCGGCGCGGCGCGUCGGCGGCGCGUGGUCGCCCGCGGCGUCGCCGCACGGCAACGCGGCGCUGUCGCCGCGCGGGCGCCGCGGCCACGCGCCGUCGCCGCCGCCGUUGAACCUGCCGGGCCUCGCGCUGCCCGCCGUGCCGCCGCAGAGCCCGCGCGACCUGCCGGCGCCCGACGCAGCGCGGUUAAAUGCCCCGUACGGCGGGCCGGGCGCCGGCGCCGGCAAGCGCGCCCGCGAGGCCGCGGCGGCCGCGCGCGCGCGCGGCGACCACGACGACGCGGCCGCCCUUUCUAGGAACGCGGUCGUCCUCGCCGAAAUGAAGCGCGACAUCGACGCAUUGCUCGCGGAGGCGCAGGUCGCGCCGCCGCCCCAAUGA